AGACAGAUGUUUCCUGGGGAAAUACCAGAAGGUGGCAGGACUGAAAACACUUUCAAGGAGCAGGAAACUACAUCAUAAAUGACAGGAAGUGGAGUAGCAGGCAGCAACAUUUAGAGGAGAAAAAAUCUGGUGAAAUUGCUGCAAUCAUAAAACUCACCAGGAUGGCACAAAAAAUUCCACAAAAGUCCAUGCAUGCAUGCACGCACACACACACGCACACACACACACACACACACACACACGCACACACACACGUGCACACACACAUAGGGGCAAAAGUGGGAAUCUAUUCAAUUAAAUUUUGUGAGAGCUAUCGCACAUCUCUUGAAGACAAAAUGCUAUGACACUUAAACACCACCCUGAAGCUCAUUGAGCCGUGUGUCCAUCACCAUGAAAAAAAAAAAGGAUGUAAAAAAUAAAGAACUGCCACCCGAGGUCACCAGAGGCCCAUUGCAAGAGGCAGAGACAAUACUAAAAGGUGCCACGGGAGGUGUGGAAUUUGAACAGUCUCCUUCCCUAAUAGCCAGACCAGGAGAGAACACAGAGAUCAAGUGCAGACACAGCGAGAGUGACUACCACAAUAUGUACUGGUACAGACAGGCAGUAGAUGGCCAGGUUCUGGUCCUGAUCGGGUUUGGUCAUAGCAGAGAAAAGCCCACGUAUGAAGCCCAGUUCAAAGCCCGAUUCCAGUUCACACGGGAGGCAGUGCAGAGAAGUUCCCUCCACAUCUCCGCUCUUACUGUGGAAGAUACUGCAGUGUACUUUUGUGCUGCAAGUUCACACAGUGCUAGAAGCUGGGCCUCUUACUCAAUAAAAACCUGGAUUUUCAGAGGCUUCGAGCAGCACUUCGGUGGAGGAACAAGACUCACCGUUGUAGAUCCCAAUGUUCCAGUCACAGCUCCCCAGGUCAGGGUGCUGCCCUCUGCCCCACAGGAAGUCCACAGGAGCAGGAAGAGGAAGUCCAAAGUGACACUGGUGUGUAUGGCAACAGGCUUCUACCCUGACCACAUCCGUGUGCUGUGGAAGGUGAAUGGGGCAGAGGUGAGGUCUGCUGGGGUAGACAGCAGCCCCCUGUGGGAUGAGUCCAGCAGGAGCUACAGCCUCAGUAGCAGAAUCAGGAUCCCGGCCCAGGACUGGCUCAACUCAGGAAACAGUUUCACAUGUAUUACCAGCUUCUACAAUGGGAGCCUUGACCUUGUCAACAAUCACACAAUUUUCGGAGAAGAUGUUUGUUUCACAGGUGAGCCCACAAAAGUAUUUCAGCUGACAGUGAGAAUUGUAACUUCUCAAUCUUGCUGGUAACAAAGGUCAUUUCAUUCUUUAUUCAUGUUCAUACUUCUCAGCAAUUCAGGUUAGUGCAUGGUAUUAUACAUGUGAACUGUAGCCUUAGUGCUUCAAAUCCGGUCAUAUAACCUCUCAGUUUUAUGAGUGAUUCAGUUCAAGCUGACAUCUCCACAGUUCAUGUUUUGUAAAUUGGAAUGUUCGCAUAAUGAGGGACUACAGGCACAUAGAAUCAAUAUUAUACUGAUUCCAUGAUUACAUGUUUACAUACAAUUCACAGUAAAUUUCUGAUGUAAAUGUGAAUGCAAACAUGGGAUGUACAGUGCAUUCUGUAAGCAUUUUUUUGUGUGACACAUUUUCAGUACAGAAUGCACAGUCAAUGGCAAGUUCAUAGUCAUUGUUUUAAUUUCUGGAGUAAAGAGCCACAACGACAAUAAACCUGUCACUGUCCAAAUACUUAUGGACUGCAUUGUAUAUCUGCAAUGUUUAUAUAUAUAUAUAUGCCUGAUGGGUGUUGCUGUUGAAUUUGUUUUUAGUAGAGAAACGGAAGAUGGGCCUGGUGGCAGCACGCUUCUCAUACUUGCUCCUCAUAUGUAAGAGCAUCCUGUACAUGCUACUGCUGGCUGCCCUGGUGUGGAAAAGGCAAAGUAUUUCUUCCCUCAGAAAUAACAUAAAACUCAAAAUAUGUUUUUCCAAGAAUGCUAAAUGACAUUGUCUGUACUUUUGGUUUGUCUAAUAUAAGGUACGAGCGCCACCCUUGACUCUGGCACACUAAAAUAUAGGAUUGUAAGUGGUUGUUUCUUUGAAAAUAGAUAUCACUUCCUGCAUUUAGACUUCACUUAUGAAAUUCCCACAACACACCCUCAUCCCAUGUUCAUUGCAUGUAGUAAGGUAUAUAUAUACUGUACAGUACAAUAAAUGGAGAAGUAAAAAUAAUCGGAGGCCAUUCUACUUAUGGUUGUAUAAUCUACAUCCUUUUGGUAAUUACCCCUGCUAUUACCAUCUUUGGCUAAGUUUUCAUUUAGAUACCCUGGCAUCCAGUUUAAAUUGUAGAGGAAGAAUAUCUUAUAAAGUAAUCUUUUAUUAAAACAGUGUUAACCCCAAUAAGUGAAAUCUCUUUUCUUAAAUAUAA